AUGUCGUCUCAGGUUGCGCCAUGGCUCGAAGACCUAGACGAAGAUUGGGUCGAGCCGCCGUCGCUGUCAAAUCCCACCACAGACCACCAAUCUGCCACUUCCGUGCGAAAGAACCAAACUUCGUCGUCGUCUAGUCGAAUCCCGCGUAGGAGUAGCGGCGCUUUCGACAUAAACAGCAGCUCUGUCAAACAACGGAAUCCGCUCAAGACUCUCCCCUCCUCUCAAUCCAAUGUCCAACGCCAACCAUCCGACUCGUCGGUAGUACACCACGACUCAGUCAAACGCUCGCCUGCGAAACAUCAAACUCUCGAGUGGAAGAAACGCCUCGUCCGUGGUGAGGUCGGUUACGGUGACCAGACCGAUCUCUUUGGCCCUUCUGGUCUCGAGAACAUCUUCUCGCCAGCUCGUCCCACCUCUUCCAACAACCGUCCGACUUCCUCAAACAGUCCCUCGAGGCUUCUACAGAAUACCAUCAUGCCUCCCUCCAGUCCCCCACCAUGGCCAUCGCAAAUUGAACCAUCGCAAUUAGAAUCUCCCGAUGCACAAGGCACCUGUCAAAGAGAAGUCAACAACACAAACUACGACGACCCUCAAGAUGACAGCCUUAUGCGCUCAGUCAAUUCGCCAAGUCAACUACACGUUGACCGCUCUGCUUCGAAGCACCAAGGCAAUCGCACUAUCAGCGCUAAUACCGACCUGUCAGGCGAGGGCUUUAGUCCUGUCUUCCUUUCGAAACACACGAGCUCUACUGGCGCCGUCAGCUACGCUCCCCUUGAUUCGCGCUCUGUUCCUACCAGUGCCGACGCAUCGCUCAGUCUUCAAGAGUCUGAACUUCCCUCUACACCUGGCGUCCGCAAGAUCCACAGCGAUGGCCCCGAGAACAUGCCCAGCGUUCCGGAGGUCUCCCUUCCAGAUGAUCUACCAACCGGUACGCCACCUAUUCCCAGCUUCUUCAGUAUGAACAAGACGUCGCCUUCCAGUUCCUCAAAAAUUGAGCCGUCUUCAGUCUACGACAACACGUCGACCUCUCCCGGUCCAUCCAGUCCUGCCCGAGUACCGGCAACCCCGAAGCUAGGAGAUGUAGACGAGGCAUCGCUCCUCAGUCCACCCAAGAGCAGGCCGUCGCAAAGCCCGCUGAAGCUGUUCGGCAACUACGAUACCUUCACCAACAACAAAUUGUUCCGCAGAAUGAGUCAACUGGAAGGUCUGGACCCGGAUCACCCCUUGAUCUCUCCUGUGCACCAAUGCGACGACCCUUUCGAUGAAACGCAAUCGAACGCUGGGAGAAUCCCGAGCUCGGGCACUAUCAGCACAAAUAGACGCCGCCCUUCUCAGCGUGUUGUCUCUAAUUUGAGCAGCUUCGGCGAAGGCGAUUUGGACGAGCAUGAUUUUGAUGCAGACAUCUCUUUCCCUGUCGGAUUGGACCUGGACGCAACAUACGAGUCUAAUGAGGGCUCGCCUCUACCAGAUGCUGUUCCACCAGGCAGCACUCAUCCAUUCCGCUUUCAUGUCGAGACCGCCCCACCUAUCGAAUCGUCACCCGAAGUUAGACCCUUCAAGCUGAAGAGAAAGUUGUCGAAGAGAAGCAACACGAUCAGGUCGAGACACUCGGAUGACGAUCAAGCGCUGGAGCAAUUUCCUGUCAUCGAUCCAUACAACAACGAAUUUGACAUCAGAGAGGGUAAACGCCCUCAGAGUUCCCCUGCCAAAGCACCCACUGCCAAACGAAGGCGUACUCUGAUUACUAUGGAUGGCAAAUUGCCAGAACUUGGCGAAGGCUCCGAAAUUCACAUCAAAGUCGAUGCGCCGCUCCCGAGUGAUCAGCAGGCCCCUUCCGUCGCUGCCUCUGGUACUGUCAGUGUGGCAAGUAGAAGAGAUGUGACCAGGCCUAGAAAUCCUACUCCCAGUCAGAGACGUCGUGAACAGAUUCAGGCUGAGAUCAGUGAAGCAACUUUCGAAUAUCUUUCGAACUCCCCACGCCUCGAGGCCAUCAAAGAGACUAUAGAAGAGCUCUCAGAACUGCCAGAAGAGUCAGUCGACGCCGAAAAAGCGAAGGCAGUGGCAGCUGACAUUGCCGCCUACACUUUCGAAGUUUCCAGAGAAGAUUCUGAAAGUAUGCGCAAGCGUUCAUUCACUACCCAGGAUUUCUUGGACGAAGCCAUGCACAUCAUGUCGCUGAUUAGGGCAAAAGGACGACCUCACAGCGGCUUGGACGAUGUUGAAGAGUCCAGCGCGGAGAUGGACUUCGGAUCACACCUUCACCCUGAUGACCUUGCAAGGCAGGUCGGAUCUUUACGAAUUUCUAGACCAGCUUCUCGCGAGGGCAACGAGUCCAACUGGAGACCUAGAAGUCAAGUCAAGCAUGAUCCGAUGGUUGCAAGUCGAUUAGAGCAGUUCCGCGAGCAGGACUCGUUCAAUAUGGGUAUGGUCCAGUCUUCACUUCGCUCGUUGCGCGUCGACGAUUCUUCCGCACUCGACUUCGACCAUGCAGAUGUGUCCACUAGAGACCUCGACGAUGCACCGAUUAUUGAGCCUGGCUGGACCGCUGGUCAUUCUCGAGCUUACUCGAAUGCCUCACAACGUGGCAACCAGGCUAGCCCGACCAAGUCGCAGCACGGCUCACAUCCAUCACUAGAUUCCUCUAGUGGAGCUCGUACGAUGGGGUCUACCUCUUCGAGAGAUUUUGUCGCCAAUCUGUCACCAGAAAAGGUCGCUCACCUAAUACCUGAGCAAAUCGCUGGGAUGACUUACGAUAAGGAAAAGCAGAUCUGGGUCAAAGCAAAGCACCUCAAACCGCCAACUUUCGAUUUUUAUCACCAGCCCAGUAACGUCAGCAGUGAUGACGACCCAUUUGCAUACAUUCCUGACUUGACUGUCGAUGAAAUUAAGGAGAUUCAACGCAUUCAACAGCUGCAAGCUCGUCACCAAGCCUUCGCGCAACAAGAUAAAUCAGAAUAUGAUCUGUCUGAACAACAUACUGAGCUGCCGCAGCAGGUGCCUGAUCGUCCACCUCCACAGAGACAAGAACCAACUGGCUCGAGACCCACGACUCGUGAUAGCAACGCAGCUCACCCAUUUACAUCAAGCACAGCGCCUUCAAAGUACUCCGCGUUCGCAUCGAGUCAGCAGCAGCAGUUUGAUACUCGUGCCACAUCCUGGAGCAACGAAGAGCUGGCUAACAUCGCUCGGGCCAAACAGCAACAAGCACAUACCGGUGACGGGCUCCGCGACCUUGCCACCGUCAAUAUUCCUCAGAACAUCUCAGAGGAGACUGAGCUUGCUUCUGAUAAUUCUGUGACCGCUCUCGAUGAAUCUCAAACAUCUCAUAUCUCACAUGAAGACUCGCUCCUGGACGAACUUCUGAGUGAGGACGAUGAGCUCCUGAACGAGGACUCGGAGACUGAAGAACUACCCGCACCUAAGCAGCGUGGGAGCGGCAUUCCCCUACCAUCAUGGCCUUUGCGCUCACCUCAACCAGCUCGUCGUGGCGGACUCAGAAACUCGUCUCUAAGAAGACAGACUUUCCAACGAGGAUUCCCAUCUGGACAAGAUCAGAGAGAAGUUUCUUUCGUUGCCACGUUCCCAGACAAACGGAUGAUGAGCGUGUCUGUGGUUGCCCAACCUGGACCUCCAAUGUCUGCACCAAACCAAGAAUAUGGUCUUUCGUCGCCUGCCCGCAUGGAUGGCACAUUCUACCUUAGUGACCUUCCCGACUUCACUGUCAACGAUGUCGACGAAGAACGUCCAUCGGAAAAAGCACUAGCGAGACGAGUGGCUCACACCAAUACUGGAGACAGAUAUGCAAUGGCUGUUCAGAGUCUUGUCAAGACGCUUACUGACGUUGAACCUGACGAGCCAUACUGGGAAGAUAUCAAGCAGCUCAACUUGCGUGAUAGAGGUCUCGACUCGGUUCACAACUUGGAAGAUUUCUGCACACGUCUUGAAGAUCUCGACCUUUCGGGCAACAAUGUCGCUCAUCUUGAAGGUGCGCCCACGUCUGUUCGUAAGCUCAAUCUUCGCUCGAACGCAUUGAGUAGUCUCACUGCUUGGAGUCACAUGAUGAACUUACAAUAUCUCGACAUUUCUAACAAUCAAGUUGACAAUCUGGGUGGCUUGUGUAUGCUCAUUCAUCUUCGAGAACUCCGCGCCGACGACAACCAAAUUUCCACUUUAGAUGGCAUUAUGAACAUGGAUGGAUUGAUCAAACUUUCUGUCCGCCGUAACAAGCUAUCGAGGGUAGACUUCGAAGGGUGCCAACUUCAUCGCCUUGAAGAACUGGAUUUGAGUAGCAACAAGCUUUCCACUGUCGCUGGCGUUCAAAGCCUCACUGCGUUGGAACGCUUAAUCCUUGAUGAUAACCAGAUCGAACACUUCUCGACGGGUCAACAUUCCUCAGUCAGCUCUAAGCUUCAUUGCUUGUCGUUGCAGAACAAUCAGUUGGCCUCUCUGAACGUUUCAGACUACACUGACCUGCGCUAUUUGAACGUAGACGAUAACAAAUUGCCUACAGUCGAAGGUCUCGAGCAGCUGCAUCAGAUUGACGUGCUGUCUAUGCGCAAGCAAGAUCUCAAGCACUCUCCCGUCCAACAGUUGACCAUCUUCAACCAACGAUUAUCUACCCGCUCAUUGUUCUUAUCAUCCAACAUCAUCCCGACUCUUGACCUGUCGAACUCUUAUCACAGUGUUCAAAACCUGGAAAUGGCAUCAUGUGGCCUGCAAGAUUUGCCUAACGACUUUGGCCUCAAACUUCCCAAUCUACGCACACUGAACGUCUCUUUCAACGCAAUCACAGACAUACGUCCACUUCUCAAUAUCACACGCUUGGAAAAACUUCACGCUUCUGGAAACCGCAUCGCGCGUCUUCGCAAGACUGUUGCCGUGUUGGCACGUAUGCCGCAUCUUCGCAAAACAGAUCUGAGAGACAAUCCCAUCACUCAUGGCUUCUAUGCUCCCAUCUCUGUAGCCAAUAAUACUGUCAGCACUAUCUCAUCUGACGAAGAGCCAAUGUCCGAAGCACAAUUACAGUUGCAGAUGGCCAUAUCACAUCGUCUGCCCAACGCCGAUUAUGCAACUGAUGCCGAGCACCUCGCUCGAUUGGACGAGGACACCAAAUUACGAAGACGCGUAUACGAGAUCCUUCUCAGCAACGGCUGCAAAACUCUAUCCACAAUUGACGGCCUGUUGUUCGCAAAAGACAGAGCUUUGAUCAGAGACAGUGUAUGGGAAAGACUACUCAAACUGGGAGUCGUAAGAAGAUCUGGAAACAAGGGAGAAGAAACACAAGUUACAAUGGGUUAG